AUGGACGACGCGAAGCCUCAGUGCGGUAAACAGGGCGACUCUAGCCAACAUGAAUACGACUUGACUCUCCAUGUGGUUGGCCUCUUCGUGGUUCUAUUUGUGUCAUGCCUAGGAUGCGGCUUCCCUGUUGCGGCGAGAAAGCUCAGAUGGCUCAGGAUCCCGCCAAAGAUUUUCUCCGCCUGCAAACACUUUGGUACAGGUGUCUUGAUAGCAACUGCGUUUGUUCAUCAAAGACAGCUACUGCCGACGGCGUUUACGAGUUUGGGAAAUCCCUGUCUCCCCGACUUGUUCACCAAGGACUACCCCCCCUUACCGGGCGCCAUCAUGAUGGGCUCUCUGUUUGUGCUCUUUGUCAUUGAAAUGUGGCUCGAUUCCAAGGCUGGUGACCACUCUCACGGUGGCCCGACUAUGGCCGGCGUUUCUGGCCAUUAUCAACAUGACGCAGCUCAAGCACGUGCAGACUCACCAAGACGGCAGUAUAAUUGCUCUCAAACAGCUGAGCAGCGUAGUCUCCCCGUGGUGUCGGGCGAGAAGCCGCCCACGACGGGCUCCCACCCGACGUCACUCGACGAAAAGUCAGAUGACGAGCAGACUCUCCAAAACGACUACGAAUACGACAAGAGAGGCCGCAGACUGUCGAGAAUGCCCACCUGGUCCGUCGCCUCCUACGAGCAACAUGCUCGGCAGCACACGGAGCUGAUGAACACACUUCGCCGGCCCGAAGACGGAGAAGGAGGCUUGAACAUGGCGGACGAAGAAAAAGCCCAAGACACAAUCACGGUAUCCAGCGUGGACAGGGACGGCGAGCCCGUGGACCGAACUCUCUUGAAGAGGAUGUCAACCAACAUUACCUUGCUCGAGGGGGGGAUCCUGUUUCACUCUGUUUUCGUGGGAAUGACGGUGUCCAUCACAGUAGAGGGCUUCGUGAUUCUUCUCAUUGCCAUCUCGUUUCACCAGCUCUUCGAAGGCCUCGGCCUGGGCUCCCGCAUUGCGGCCGUGCCGUACCCCAAGACUAGCGUUAGACCAUGGGUCAUGGUGUUGGCAUUCGGAACCACCGCACCCAUCGGACAGGCAAUCGGUCUGUUGGCGCGAAACACGUACGACCCCGAAAGUGCCUUUGGUUUGAUCAUUGUCGGAGUAUUCAAUUCCAUGUAUGCUUUCCUUGGAGGCGAGCAUCCCCCGGGUCGAAUGGCUAGGCUAAUCGGGCACAGUUCCUCUGGACUACUGAUCUACGCUGCGCUCGUGGACUUGCUGGCGGAGGACUUCCUGUCCGAGGAAGCAAACCGGCUGAUGCGCACAAAGGACAAGGCCAUGGCCUUUGCUUGGGUUCUUCUCGGAGCACUCGGCAUGUCCGUCGUGGGUGCCUUUGCCGCUGAGCUUCAGAAACAUGACAAGCUGCCCAGCCCACUUGUAGGAACUGCUUGCUGUUUCUCGACUCUUCUGGGAACGCAUAUCGGUCCGGCUUCUUCCCACACGCCGCGAAAGCUGGAAGAGAACCAUCCAUCUGGGAAAAGGACCGUACAAGAACAUACGCAGACGGUGGCCCUGGCUACUGCGCAUCUCCGCGUGGCGAGGCCGACGGACAACAUCGACGCGCUGCUGCCCUUUUACCGCGACGGGCUCGGCUUCGAGGUGCUCCUCCGAUUCAAGAAUCACGACGGGUUCGACGGCAUCGUGCUGGGACACAGGGAUGCAGCGUACCAUCUUGAGCUCACAAGCGUGACGGGACACGAAGCAGGGACGGCCCCAACCCAAGACAACCUCCUCGUCUUCUACCUCCCCGAGCCGGAGCCGUACCGUGCCGCCGUGUCGAGGAUGGAGAGUCGCGGGUUCAGCCGUGUGGCCACAAUCCCUACUGGGAUCGAGGCGGAACGGCUUUUGAAGAUGCCGACGGCUACAGAAUUGUCCUGGCCAACAUGGCCGCACCUAUUUAGUCGUCUUUGCGCGCGGGGCAGUGUUGUUGGACCAGCUUCACACAAGCUUGAGAUUUAG